CAGCGCAAAUUGACAGAAAAUAAGACAUCGACGUCGUUUAGACGCAACGCAAAGAAGUAUCCAACCUCUCCUGCAUCGAUCCUCGCGGCAUCGCCUUGCAAAGCAGAAACCCUAAACCCUUUCUCCGUCGAUCUGGUUCAGGAGGCAUCUCGCGAUUUUCCUGCUUCGAGGCUAUACAUUUGAACCGUGCCAUGAAGAGGUCAAUGCCAUGGAGCGAGGAAGAUGAGGAUUCAUUGUCUGAUGAAUCUUCAUCAUCCCAUUCAGGUAGUGAUGGUGAUAAGAAGAAAGGAACGGAUGAGGUGAAAGCUAACAAAGGCCAAAAAUCCAAGGAAACGAAACCUAAAGUAGGCAAGUCUGGAAGGCGUAGUGGUGCUGUGGAUUUUGAUGCUUUGAGGCGACACGGCUAUAAAGGGGGACUAUCGGUCCUGAAUGUGCCCCCACCAAAAGAUGAUACACCACAAGACUGGAAUUGGUCUACUGGCAAAGAACACCGUGAGGUCAAGGAAGUUGAAGAAUCUUAUGAAGAACGACAAAAAACCAGAGCUGCAAUAAUGGACGGUGAGCAACUGACGAAUGCGCGAACUGCCAAAGACAAGAAAAAUUUAUCCUUCUCCCAGAAGGAGAAGAGGAAAAGAGAUCUCGGUCAGGCUAGUCGGGGGAAGAAUUAUGUUGAAGAAGAGAAGAGGUUGUUAAGGGAAAGUGGUAUCUACUCUAGUUUUGAUACAUGAUUACUAAUGCUAUAUGGCAAUGCUCCUUAUUGUGCAGGAGAUGUGAAGCGUGGCCAAGGCAAUACCUUGUUAUUUAGAUAAUAUUUCUAUUGCGUUGCCUGUAGUCUAGUAUUGCUUUCUUCUUCUUUCUCUUU